AUGGCCAUCGUCCUCCUCGCCACACUCUCGGCCUCCCACACCGCGUCAUGCCUGGUUCGGCACGACGUCUUCGGCUGCCAGCCCAGCGGCUACCUCCUGGGCAGGUCCGGGAACUGCGAGAUUAGCAACAACCCGGACUGUUGCGUCGACGGCAAGCAGUACCCGCAGUUCCUCUGCUCGCCGCCCGUCCCUGCGACCACGUGGGUCGUCCUCACAGUCAACGGCUUCAGUAAGGGCAAGGACGGCGGCCUCCCGUCCGAGUGUGACAGCGCGUACCACGAUGACUCGGAGAUGGUCGUCGUGCUCUCCACCGGCUGGUUCAGCGGCAUGUCCUGCUGCAUCCGCAACAUCAAGAUCACUGCGAAGGGUGGCAGCUCGGUGUACGCCAAGGUGGUGGACAAGUGCGACUCCCGGUUGCGACGUCGAGCACAAGAUGUUACCUCAUCUAACGAGUGA